CUGUGAUCUCUAACAGAACAUUCAUCAUGCUGGUGUCUAGUUUGUCAUUUAGUGUUGUACAGACACAGAAAUCUGACCUACACACUGAUACUGAGAGAGAAAAAGCUGAAGGUUUUUGUUUGAAUGUGAUUUGAUAACAAUAACUCUGUAUUAAAGUUACUGAUCCUGGCUAACAUUACUGUAGUGAACAGAACUACAGAGAGAUGUGAGUUAGAGAGUCACACUUGAUAAUGCUGCAUGAAAGAGAUUCGAACAGAAUGGAAGUAAGUCAUCUGGGGAAUUUGUUUCUUACUGCAUUAAUACUGAAAGAUCCUGAAGAGCAGAAAGAGAAGAGAAACAAUACAGUACAGGAUCAUAACAGACUUUUUAGGAAUGUUUACAGCUAAUACUACAGAAUAAAAUACAGAAAUACUGAUAAUUACAAUGCAUUUUUAAUAAUCUCAACAAAUUUAUUGUGCUUUUUCCCCCACAUCCUCCUGUAGUUAAAGAUACCUGCAUUGAACAGGUGAGUAAACUGUUAUAAAAUAUUACAUUAAUUUUUGUCUUAAUUAAUUACUUUUUUAUGCUGCUAUCAUCAGUAUGUUAUAAUUAGACCAGUGAUCAGUGAGGGGUAAAUGAGUUACCAUGGCAACCGACUCCCAGAGAUGGUUUAUUGUGGAUAAAAAAAAAUUGGGUUGUUCCAGAAUCACAGUUGUUAAACUGUUUGCUAAACUGUUAAUCUGCUGUUAUUGUGUUAUGAUGUAAUUAUUAUUUGUAGGAGUGUAAACACUUUGUGGAAACGUAAACAAAGUAAAUGUAAGAAAAAUGACAACCUUCAUUCCUUUAAUGUUUAUCUGAAAACUUUGUCUUUAAUUCCAUUUAAAGUGACAUAGAAAAGGUUUAACACGUGUUCAGUUUAACUUGAGGAUCAAUGCAGACGACAUACAAGACUAACAAAAUGAAGUUACAGUGAAACUUUUUUCUUGAUAUCCUUGUGCUCAAAUUAAUGGCACCCUAAAAGAAAAUUGUUGGAGGUGAUCAGUCUGGUGGUCUUUUGGGAUAAAAAAAAUUCUCUCAGUUUCUGUGUUUCUUGUGUUCUUUGAUCAUCGCUGACUGAUGAUUGUGAACAAAUAAAAGUCAGCUAAUGAACAUAAAAUAACAUUAAACACAAUCAGUGUCUUUAAAAAUAGAUGUAAAUGUCUGGAACAGUGGAUUAUGAUGCAUAAGAACAUGACUUCAUUGUGAUAUUGUGUGACGUCACCACAGCAGAAAUGAGACCAAACAUCUUGAUUCUCAUGGAGAUGAUUUUUUUUUCUCUCUCCUGUAAGGUUCAGUUUAGUGUUUAAUGAUUGUGUUCUUCAGCUGGCUGCAUUCAAACUCAGUGUGUUACUGAAUACAAUAUCAGUUUAAAUCAACCUCAAUCAGCUCAGUGUGUACUGUUGGUAAUAUUACACACGCACACACACAAACACACACAGACACACACACACACACAGUGAUCUGAACAGAGAAGCACUUCAUGUUAUUUAACACUUUAUUUACAUACAGUAUGGAGUCAUGUAUAAAACCUUCACACUGUUUUAUUCACUUCCUCAGAGAGACAGAGAUUGGACAGAAGAUGAGAGAAAGAAAAUGGAGAAAUCUGUUCUACGGACUGUGUGUGUGUGUGUGUGUGUGUGUGUGUCUAUGUUUUCCCACACAGAUGAGUUUAAACUCAUUGGUCCCAGUGAUAGAGAGCAGUAUAAUCGCUCUGCUGUCACUCUCUCAUGUCGUCUGUCUCCUGAAAUCAGUGCUGUUGACUUGGAGAUCCGGUGGCUUAAGAGGACAGACUGUGUUUGUGUUUAUAAGAACAGUAAGGUGACAGAGGGGAGAGGUUAUGAGGGCAGAGUGAGUCUGUUCACUCAGGAGCUGGAGAGAGGAAACGUCUCCUUACAGCUGAGAGACUGUACAGAGUCAGAUGAUGGAUAUUACCUCUGUCAGGUCACUGAUGGAGACAGAACAGAAGAGAUUACAGUAUAUAUGUACUCGGCUGAACAGAGACGUAUCUGUGUUGAACAGAGAGACACAGAAUGGACAGAAGAUGAGAGAAAGAAAAUGGAGAAAUCUGUUCUACUGACUGAACUGAGAAAUAAAGACCAGAAAAUCUCAGAACUGGAGAAUCUGGAGGAGAAACCAAAGCAGCUGCAGGAACAGACAGAUCCUGAAUCAUCAGCCCCCAUCAGGAAAAAAAAAAGCCAAGAAUUUUUGCCUCCACUAAUGAGUGAAGAGACUCAGGAGCCAGCAGCACCAAUCAGAAGAAACAGCAAAUAAUUUUUGAAUCCGCUACUUUGAGACUAGGCCACAUGAUCCAGCACCAGUUCCUGCCCCAAACUGACACUGGUGCUGCCUAGGUGGAUGAGGUCUGGGAAGAAUGCAACAGGAAACUGCAAGAGGAAAGAACUGGUCAUUUUUUGUCAUUUUUCUCAACUGUUGCCUUGUGCUUUCGUUCAUUUUUUUAGAUUUUUUUUCAUUUAAGGCUGUACAAUAACUACCUAUACAAUGAUUUAUAUUUAGUAUCUUGUUUAAACCUGUUUAUAUACCAAAAGUAUUUUUUUUUAUCUUAUUUCACUGAUUAUAUUAUCUACUAUGCUACUACUCAUAGUCCUCAUGUACUUUCCCUUAAAUUUCCACUUAAAAUGUUUUGAUAAUGAUUUUGUUUGUAAUAAACCUGACCAUUUUUCAGUUGCUCCUUUUCUCUUAGAAUUAAGCAUAGUGUUUUUUUACUGUCUAUAUAAUACAGCUAUACAGGUGCAUCUCAAUAAAUUAGAAUGUCAUGGAAAAGUUAAUUUAUUUCAAUAAUUCAACUCAAAUAGUGAAUCUCGUGUAUUAAAUAUAUUCAGUAAGCCACAAAUAUUCCCAUUGCCAAAGAAGCUGGCUGGCACAGAGUGCUGUAUCAAAAAAAAAAGCUGCACAACCAACCGAGAGAACCUUUGAGCUUUGAGAGGCUUGUCAAGCAAACUCAAUUCAAGAAUUUGGGUGAACUUCACAAGGAAUGGACUGAGGCUUUUGUCAAGGCAUCAAGAGCCACAUGUUGCAUACUACUAGAUUAAGAAAAGUCUAAGUCAAGUUUGCAAAACCUGGACUAAUUAUUUGGGGUUAAUGAAACUUUGUCUAUGAUAAUGUGGUUCAUCAUCAUUUUAUGAAUAAAAAACUGUACUUUCUUUUCUCAUCUAUCAUAAAUAAUAAAAAAGCUUAAGUUCA